UGAGCCUCAGCCCUCACUCCGGGGCUGCAGGUGGCGGUGUGCAGCUUGCUUUAGUUUGCGACCCCGAGGAAGAAGAAAAGCCGAAAUGUAGAGGAAGAAUCCGGUUGUUUUUAUUCCCUGUGCACCGCUGGCUGUCAUCAAAUCCGGUCUGUCCGGCGUGUAGCUGUCUCUUUGACGGUAAAUCACUGAAUACAAACGCGCCUUCAUGUGUUUGCAGCAGUGACGAUGAUGGCAGGAAGGGGCAGGAUGGUGUCCUGUGUGUGUCUGGGCUUGUUUGUUGUCCUGUGCUGGGUUUGGGUGUCCUUUGCCUCCUUUCCAGACGAUCAACUCACCCUGGAGGACUUGGAUGCAUUGGACCGAGGAGCCUUUCAGCCUCAGAGUGCUCUCUCAGAGAUGGAGUUUGCUUCCAUCAGCUCGUACAGAGGACCUGGCAACAGUGACCGCCGCAGUAACAAAGAGCUGCCCAUUCUCCUGUGGUGGAGCGGAGGACUGUUCCCACAUUUUCCCGGUGACACUGAGCGCAUUGACUGUGCCACAUCCUCCUGUCUGGUCACAAGCAACCGCAAGGUGCAGCUGUACAAACGGACAGCAUCCAUCAUCUUUUAUGGGACAGACUUCAGGGCAUAUGAGGCCCCACUCCCUCGUCUCCGGCACCAGACCUGGGCUCUGUUCCACGAAGAGUCACCCAUGAAUAACUACUUUCUCUCUCAUGGACCGGGAAUCAGGCUGUUCAACUACACUGCCACGUUUCGCAGGGAGUCCGACUACCCCCUGACCCUGCAGUGGCUGCCCACUCUGGACUACUUGCUGACGCCCGUGGCCGUGUCUUUGGAGGAAAAGAACCGACUGAGGAGAGACGGUCUGGCUCCUGUGCUGUACAUGCAGUCCCACUGUGAUGUACCGUCAGACAGAGACAGAUAUGUAAAGGAGCUCAUGAAGUAUAUUCAGGUGGACUCUUACGGGAAAUGCUUGAACAACAAACCUUUGCCUGAACAUCUGGAGGACACGUCCACUGCUACCGGCGAAGAUCACAACUUUAUGAGUUUCGUCGCACGCUACAAGUUUCACCUGGCACUGGAGAACGGCCUGUGUCUGGAUUACAUGACCGAGAAGCUGUGGCGGCCUCUCCAUCAGGGCUGUGUUCCUGUCUAUCGAGGCUCCUCUGUGGCGUCAGACUGGAUGCCCAACGACCAUUCCGUAAUCAUAAUUAAUAACUUCCCAUCGCCAAAAGCUCUCGGUGAAUUCCUCAAACGCCUUGACGAGAACGACGAUGAAUAUGCAAAGUAUUUAGAGUUCAAGAACCCCAGACGCAUUACUAACACUCGUCUGCUGGAGGCUUUGGAGACCCGUGAGUGGGGGGUUAAUGACAUGAGUAAACCCAACUACCUGAAUGGAUUUGAAUGUUAUGUGUGCGACCAGGAGAAUGCACGGCUGGCAGCAGAACGAGCGUAUAGGAAAGCCCCUCAAAAGACUAAACCCCCUCAGCCAAAAAUGGCCAACAACUCCCACAUGGGUUGCCCCCUGCCCAGCCCAGGGUACGGACAUGUCCAAGACUUACCAGCAGAUGAUGGAUGGUUGCAAAUAUGGCCCCAGGAUUACUGGCAGAGCCUGGACCAAGCAGAGGGGCUGGAGUCUCUGAUAAGACAUAACGAGUCCGACCCUUCGCUGCUGUGGAAACACAUCCAAAACAUUGCUGUGAGCAGAGCCAGAGGAAAACACUGACACAGGCCUUGAAACAAACUAGAUGGAGCACGUCCAGAAUUGCAGGGUUGUCCCUUAUUAUGCAUCCCCUCUGUUUAAAUGAGGGAAUGAAGCAGAAAUUGCUCAUAUAUUUGCACCUGAGCCAAAACUCCUUUAUGCUCAUGAGCAGUUUAGCUAUACUAUAACAGAACUUGAUAUUGUAUUCAGCUGACAUGAUCCUUUUAUCCUUUUAUGCUAAUAUUUUCAAGUCGUUUUAUCGCUAUAACUGAGGUGCCAUCAUUGCCCUUUCCCUGCCUUGCAUGGUUAACAUUAACUGCAUGCAGUGCAGCUGUGAUGCGGAGGCACAUUCUCGUGGGAGGCAGAUUUUCAUUGGACUGGGGCAGAGCCAAAGGCUUGUCCUUUGUUUCAUAUGAGCUCUGACUAACUGUGCGUGAAGACCAUCAAGACAGUAGCCAAUGGACUGCAUUAGCUUCUUUACAGUUACUCAGCAGGUAGCUAAUGGUUAUUAGGCCGAGUCACAUUUAUGUACACAGGUGUUUUUAGUGACUAUGCAAGGAAAUAUUAUUUCACUAUGGAGUCGGGAAAGGCAAAUGUAAAGUGAAGCACAAGUCCCCAGCGGGAAGUCUCGGCUGCGUUUGCAAAGUAGUUCUCAGGAACAGCUCAUCUAAAUCAUGCCUGUGGCGGAUACUUUAUAAUAUUGCGCCGUUUUCUGUUACAUGAAGCUAUGUUCAUAUUUAUGUGCAAUAAUUUUCUAUCAUCAUGCUUUUCAAAAAACAUGUAACUGAGAUGCCAUGACAGUCUUGUGUUUUUACUAGCUGCUUUUGUAUCACAUAUUUAUACCAGGAUUAUAGAAAUCAUUUUAUUUUCUUAACAAAGCAUCAUACAUGUGAACGCACUGUUUUCUAUCAAAGAAGAGCAAAAGAACAUUUUGUAAUAAAGUCAUUUUCUU